CACUCAGUGAUAUUUACGCUGUGUUGCGUUCACCAAAUUUUAUAAACAUUGCAGUUGUAACAUUUACUUACUCUCUCUUAAUAAUAACUAAUUAUCUCCUGUAAUUAACUUAAGAGAUUAUUUAUUAAGCAAACGAAGAAGAAGAAAAUAGUGAUAUCCUGUGAGAAAUAUUUAUAAAAAUAUUUCACUGAAAAUGAUCGACAUAUUUAUCAACUUUUGAAGGCUAAAACUAAUUCAUUCAUCAAACUGAUGCCAACCCGUUUUUUAUAACUCAGGUUUGGAUAGAUGUGGAACACAAAGUUAUGAAUAAGAAAGCAAAGCUUGAGUAUAUUGACUCAUCUACCCAGACACAGGAAAAUGCAAAAGAGAAAUCCUACCCUUGUGAUAUAUGCAGAAGAUCAUUAACAACAAGAAAGAAUUUAAUUCAGCAUAAAUUAAAUCACUCAGUCUCCAAGCUGUACCCCUGUGAAGUUUGUGGUAAAAAGUUUACUACAAAUCGUUCCUUGUCUCUCCACAAACAUAUUCAUACAGGAGAAAAGCCACACUGUUGUGAUAUCUGUGGUAAAGCAUUUUCUCAAAAUAGUAAUUUAUCUUCCCACAGACGUAUACAUACAGGUGAGAAACCAUAUCACUGUGAUGUCUGUGGUAAAUCAUUCUCUGUAAAUGGUAGUUUAUCUUAUCACAAACGUACACACACAGGGGAGAAACCAUAUCAUUGUGAUAUCUGUGGUAAAACAUUCUCUCUGAAUGGUAGUUUAUCUUAUCACAAACGUACACACACGGGAGAGUACCCAUAUCGUUGUGAUAUCUGUGGUAAAUCAUUUUCCCGGAGUGGUGGUUUGUCUUACCACAAACUCGUUCACACUGGAGAGAAACCAUACCACUGUGAUAUCUGUGGUCAAAUGUUCUCUCACAGUGGCAGUUUGUCUUCUCACAAACGUAUUCACACAGGAGAGAAACCAUAUCACUGUGAUAUCUGUGGUAGAACAUUUUCGCAGGGUGGUAGCUUGAUAUCUCACAGGCGAAUCCAUACUGGAGAGAACCCGUAUUAUUGUGAUAUUUGUGGUAAAACAUUUUCUCAGAGUGGUGGCUUGUCUUACCAUAAACUUGUUCAUACAGGGAAAAAACCAUACUGCUGUGAUAUCUGUGGGAAAUCAUUCUCUCAAAAUUGUAAUUUAUCUUCUCAUAAACGUAUCCACUCUCGUGGGAAAGCAUGCUAUGAUGGCAGAACGUCCAGGGAAUUAUUGUUAAAAGAGAAAAUUAUGCAUCCUGGAGAUAAAUUAUACUGCUGUGAUAUUUGUGAUAAAACAUUCUCUAACAACAGUAAUUUAAGGAGGCAUAAACGAACUCAUACUGGGGAGAAACCAUACGACUGUGAAUUUUGUGGGAAAGAAUUUUCAUCUAAUUUCAAUUUAAAGAAACAUAAAACUAUUCACACUGGAGAUAGACCGUAUCGCUGUGAAGUAUGUGGUAAAAGUUAUUCAUGCAAUGUACAUUUGAAGAGACAUGAAAUGGUUCACUCAGAAGAGAGACCUUAUUACUGUGAUAUUUGUGGUAAAACAUUUGCAAGUAGUAGUGACAUAACAAGACAUAAAAUAGUUCAUACAAAGGAGAAACUAUUCCAGUGUGAAAUUUGUGGUAAAACUUUCUCAUAUAAUGGUGAUUUGAAACAACAUAAAAUGGUUCACACUGGGGAGAGACCAUACCGCUGUGACAUAUGUGGUAAAGCAUUCUCUAGAAGAUAUGGUGUAACUAGGCAUAAAAUGGUUCACAUUCGAGAAAAUCCAUAGUUAUGGACUAUUAUAGUUAUUGGUAUCUGUCCAUGAGAAGAAGAAUGAAAUGAGAUUUGAUGUUUAUUUCUUUCUGUGGCAUUUACAGAAUCCAUGUUGAUUAGCUACAACCAAGAAUUGAAACCCAGGCUUCAAAUUCCAUUUGAUGAACAGCUAGAGAUCUUGUAAGAUUGUUUACAUUUUCUGUCAUGUGGUUCCUAAGGGAGAGAAAUUCCACCUUUGUGAAAUCUUUCAUAAACGAUUUUAAAGAAAAUGAUGACUCAAUUAAACAUUUUAAAAAUUAAGUUAUUCAUCCUCACCAACACCACCACCACCAAUCAAAUGUGGCUGAUGUUCUAGCUAGAACAUCUGGAGGGAAAAUCUUGGUGGAGAGAGAAUGGUUCUAAUGUUUGCAAUAGAUGAAUUGUGCUAAGAGCAACCAGUGAGUAGGUUUUGUUAAAUCUGAUGAUGCGUUGGAGCUACAGCCUAUGGAAAUGAUUUACAGUGAAAAUACAAUCUAGCAGCAUUGUUUUAUUGACAGGAAAACAUUUCCUGAAUAUAUUGAUUCUAGGAAUUGAGCUAAACAAGAUAUCGUUAUAUUGGGAAAAUUUAUUUUUUAAGAAAUUCAUUCAUAUUUAACAUAAAUUGCUUCAGACUGAGAAGAUGGCAUGCUUUGUUGUCCAAAAAUAUUAUGUUGAACAAUGAUAGGAAAAAGUCAUUUUUAUGACAUGUACAAAUCCUAGCAUUGGAGAGUGGACAUUAAACAUUACAAAUAAAUAGACUGGAUCUUUUUGGUUUGAACGGCAGUUUUUAACAAUUUCUAGGUAGCUAAAAAAUUUUAAACUCCGUAUACUGGUAGAAUGUGUUUAUAAAACACCUUUUUCUCUUGGCUUUAUUGAGAAAAUUUUAUAGAAAAGAUCCUUAGUAAUAAAAGAAACCAUACAUCAAAAAUCUUGCAAAACAGAUAUAUAAACAUAACAACGUGAGCCCUAGUCAGACUAGCAAGACGCUGAAGGACACUGUAUUCAGUUGCCUAUGGAAAACCAUGACGACUCAACAGCUUCAGUUUAUUAAACAAUGUGUCUCCUCCAAAAUAUGCAUUAACAGAGUCACAUCCAAUGUUGAACAGCUUGAUCUCACCAAAGACCAAGCUGAAAUGCUAAAAAGAACGCUGAUGGCGAAUAUUAAAAACAAAAUAUACAAAGAACUAAGCAAGCAAGAAAAACGCAAACGCAUAUUCAUCACCAUCAUCAUCAUCAUCGUUUAACGUCCGUUUUCCAUGC